CAGAAGAUGAAGUCAAAUUGGCCUUGAAAAAAGACAGAGAAACUAUGGGACACAGAUAUGUUGAAGUAUUCAAGUCAAACAACGUUGAAAUGGAUUGGGUGUUGAAGCAUACUGGUCCAAAUAGUCCUGACACAGCCAAUGAUGGCUUUGUACGGCUUAGAGGACUCCCUUUUGGAUGUAGCAAGGAAGAAAUUGUUCAGUUCUUCAGGUAUAUUGAAAUAUUUAAGAGCAGUCGAGCUGAAGUUAGAACUCAUUAUGAUCCACCACGAAAACUUAUGGCCAUGCAGCGGCCAGGUCCCUAUGACAGACCUGGGGCUGGCAGAGGGUAUAACAGCAUUGGCAGAGGAGCUGGUUUUGAGAGGAUGAGGUGUGGUGCUUAUGGUGGAGGCUAUGGAGGCUAUGAUGACUAUAAUGGCUAUAAUGAUGGCUAUGGAUUUGGUUCAGAUAGAUUUGGAAGAGACCUCAAUUAUUGUUUUUCAGGAAUGUCUGACCACAGAUAUGGGGAUGGUGGCUCUACUUUCCAGAGUACAACCGGACACUGUGUACACAUGCGGGGAUUACCAUACAGAGCUACUGAGAAUGACAUUUAUAAUUUUUUUUCACCACUCAACCCUGUGAGAGUACAUAUUGAGAUUGGACCUGAUGGCAGAGUAACUGGUGAAGCAGAUGUUGAGUUUGCAACCCAUGAAGAUGCAGUUGCAGCUAUGUCAAAAGAUAAAGCAAAUAUGCAACACAGAUAUGUAGAACUCUUCUUGAAUUCUACAGCAGGAGCAAGCGGUGGUGCUUACGAACACAGAUAUGUAGAACUCUUCUUGAAUUCUACAGCAGGAGCAAGCGGUGGUGCUUACGAACACAGAUAUGUAGAACUCUUCUUGAAUUCUACAGCAGGAGCAAGCGGUGGUGCUUAUGCAAACCAGUCCAGUUACGGUGGCCCAGCCAGCCAGCAGCUGAGUGGUGGUUAUGGAGGUGGCUACGGUGGCCAGAGCAGCAUGAGCGGAUAUGGUAGCCAAGGAGCAGUGAGCAGCAGCUACUACAGUAAUGGAAGCCGAGCAUCUAUGGGCGUGAAUGGAAUGGGAGGGAUGUCUAGCAUGUCUAGUAUGAGUGGUGGAUGGGGAAUGUAAUUGAUUUUGAUCACUGACUCUUGGUCAAAAAGAAAUUUUUUUAAAAA